AUGUUCAAAACUUGGGAUCACAUCGGCCAAUUCAUCAACACAGGGUUAUUGGCCCUCAUCGGCCCAUCAGCAGGCACCAUCAACUAUGGCCUGUUUGUAUUGUCGGGCCUCUCAGUGUUGAUAAAGAACCCUACCCGGUCAAAAAUAGCUCAACAUCAAAGUGGAAGUGCUUCACAUGCACCCCCACCAAGCAAAGGAUUGAUCACUCCAACCCAAAUUCUUGAAAAUGCUCCAGAGCUUUAUCAUAUGGAUGUGGAUAGUGAUUUCCUCGAACCAUCACAUGAGAGCAUGGAAGUCGAUUCAGCCCAGCCCAAUAUUGUUGCUGGCCCAUCACACAUUGCAGUUUUAUUACCUAAUAAAAGACCUGCACAAGAUGUCUUAGCAAUUUCAGCACCCCAAUUACCUCCAAAGAGAAUCAGAGCAGAAAAACGAUGCUGGAAAUGCUUUAAAAUUGAAUGUGAUGGCACAGCUACAAACACCAGUACCCUGCCAAACUACGCUUAUGUGAUAGCUAUGCUUACAAGCUUUAGACCCGCACCUACGGUGCGGCACUCGCUAACGCUCGGCCAUGCCUUUGGUGCUUGGUCACAGCUUGCUGGGGGCAAGCCCCCUAGACCCCCCGUUCUGUUCUUAUACUUCAGGAAAAACUCUGCAAUUCAAGUACCAGCAACACCCGAUUACAUUUCAUCAUUUCUAUCACAAUCUACACCUAGUUCCACAAGUCCUACAGUGAAUUCACUCGUCGCAUCAUCCCCUGAUGGUCUUUCGGCCUCGUCAUCUGUUAAUUCCUUGGCUGCCUCCGCUUCUCCGUUCAACGCGCUUGGCUCAUCGAGUCAACCAAGGUUAAUUCAGCCUCGACAGAAUGAAGAGGCGAAGCUAGAGGGAAAGUUUAAACAAAUGGAAGAGUUUCUAGGAAACUCAGGCUUUGAUUCUAUUGGAGAUUUUCUAGGGAUCCUGUUCUACAACCCAACUCGUGUUGACGGAAAGGACGAUCCUCGUGGUGUGACUCAUGGACUGGCCGUCGCUCGAUUCCUUCAAGGAAAAACAAAGACCAAAAUGUCCGAAAUCAUCAGUCUCAUAUAUUCUCACAAGCACAAUGCCCCGUUGCCGAGAUCUACACAAUAUCACGAACGUCACGCCUCAUUCUCGCCCUCCAUCUCGCCUGCGGCUAUCAACCAUGCGCGUCCUUCGCUGUUUACUUGGGCAACCAACCUCGUCGGUAAACAUGUCCAUCAAGAGAUACAUAAGCUUACCAUGAAAGACCUGAGAGACCUGGUUGACAGUUCGGCAGUGUAUAAUAGUUUUACGUCCGCUUGCAAGGCAGAAACCGUUGGUCGCCCCGGCUCGAGUGUUGCAACCCCAUUCGUUGAUAAGGUGGAAUUCGUCGACGCACGCAAACAAGAUGUUCACCCGAAAAAUUGGAUGUUCCGUGAUUUCCCUCCACUCCUUGUCGCGCAGGUGCUCAGGAUCCACACAGAUAACCUGCCAUUUAACGCACUGCUUCAUUUCUCCUGCCAAACGAAUACCAGCCUUGCGCGCCUCGCUCAGGGUUUCUUUGCAGUACGAGAAUCCGGAGAUGUUGACUCUUGA